UUUUUUUCUUCAGUUGAACAACAUUACCCAUAAACCACCGCGAUGACGUAGUAUACCACAGACAGACAUCAAGAUGGUGCUUGAAAGUACUAUGGUCUGUGUGGACAACAGUGAGUACAUGCGCAAUGGAGACUUUCUGCCCACCAGACUGCAGGCUCAGCAGGACGCAGUUAAUAUUGUUUGUCACUCCAAGACCCGCAGCAACCCUGAAAACAACGUAGGCCUCAUCACCAUGGCAAACAACUGUGAAGUGCUGACCACGCUGACUCCAGACACGGGCAGGAUACUGUCCAAGCUGCAUGCUGUGCAGCCUCGUGGAAACAUCAGCUUCUGCACCGGCAUCAGAGUGGCACAUUUGGCGCUGAAGCACAGACAGGGCAAAAACCACAAGAUGCGCAUUAUUGCAUUUGUCGGCAGCCCAGUGGAGGACAACGAGAAAGACCUGGUCAAAAUGGCAAAGCGUCUAAAGAAGGAAAAGGUCAACGUGGAUGUCAUUAACUUUGGAGAGGAGGAGAUGAACACAGAGAAGCUGACAGCCUUCAUCAACACACUGAAUGGCAAAGAGGGCGCAGGCUCCCACCUGGUCACAGUGCCUCCAGGCCCCAGUCUUGCUGAUGCACUGCUGUCCUCACCGAUCCUGGCCGGAGAAGGAGGUGCAGUGUUGGGCCUGGGUGCCAGUGACUUUGAGUUUGGAGUGGAUCCCAGCGCAGAUCCAGAGCUGGCCUUGGCUCUGCGGGUGUCUAUGGAGGAGCAGAGACAACGACAGGAGGAUGAAGCUCGUCGAGCUGCUGUUGCGUCAGCUGCUGAAGCUGGCAUUUCCUCCCCUGCCGCAGAUGAGUCUGAGGAUGCCCUGUUGAAGAUGUCUGUCCCCCAUACAGACUCGUCCACACCUGCUCUACCAGACUUCAGUCGCAUGACAGAGGAUGAACAGAUUGCCUAUGCUCUGCAGAUGUCCAUGCAGGGAGCAGGAGCAGAUUUUGGUGCUGAGGACAUGGACACAGAAGCUGAUAUGGACUCCAGUAAGACUAAGGAUGAAGAGGACUACGAUGUCAUGCAGGAUCCAGAGUUCCUCCAGAGCGUCCUGGAGAACCUCCCCGGAGUUGAUCCUAACAAUGAGGCCAUCCGUAAUGCCAUGGGCUCUCUGGCUUCCCAGACUGGCUCUAAACCUGACGCCAAGAAGGACGAGGAGAAAAAGAAAUGAACAAAGACCGCAACUUAAUAUAUGAUAAAUAAAAAAAAAAGACCUGAGAAUUGCACUGCAUGUGUUAUUCACAGUAAUGGUAUUACUCUCCUCCAUACAGGAACUGUUUUGUUCAUCUUUAUGUUUAUGUAGCUGUGUAAACUGUAAACAACUUUUUUCAACUUUGGGUUAACGGCCUAUUCUUAUUUCAUUUUUGUUUUUGUUUUGUUCUUUAAGCAGAUGUUUACUUUUGAAUCUUUUGUAAUAUAACUACUCAGUCACAUGAGCAUUGGUUUUCCUCAAUAAAUUUACAGAAUACAGGGUGA